AUGGGCACUAUAUUCGAGACUACUCAACGCUACACAGACUGGAAGCCUAUUGGCCUUGGCGUGUCUGGACUUGUCUGCUCCGCUAGGGACCAGAUACGUCAUCAGACUGUCGCCGUGAAGAAGCUCGCAGAACCAUUCAAGACAGACCACAUUGCAAGACAUAUGUUUCGAGAGAUCAAGUUGCUGAGACAAUUGCAUCAUGAAAAUAUUAUCAACCUUACCGACAUCUUCAUUUCACCAUCUGAAGACAUAUACCUCGUCACAGAGUUAAUGGCAACGGACCUCAACACAAUAUUGAAAGCCAAAAAGGUCGAAGACCAAUUCGCGCAAUACUUCAUGUACCAGAUAAUGCGCGGCCUAAAAUACCUCCAUUCAGCGGGCGUCGUCCACCGAGAUCUGAAACCAAGCAACAUCCUGAUAAACGAGAACUGCGACCUGAAAAUAUGUGAUUUCGGCCUUGCCCGAGUCCAAGAACACAAUAUGACUGGCUACGUUUCGACGAGAUACUACCGCGCACCGGAAAUCAUGCUUACAUGGCGGAAAUAUAACGAAAAAGUUGAUAUCUGGAGUGCCGGCUGCAUCUUUGCCGAGUUACUUAUGGGAGAGCCUCUAUUCCCUGGGAAGAAUCAUAUAAAUCAGUUUUGUGUUAUUACCGAUUUGCUUGGGAGUCCACCUGAAGAGGUGAUUGCCAAUAUUACAAGUGAAAACACGUUGAAUUUCAUCAAAUCUCUACCGAAACGAGAACGCAAGCCGAUGUCGCAACUCAUACCCAAGGCGAACCCAGAUGCUGUCGACUUAAUCGACAAAAUGCUCCAAUUCGACCCGAAUAUACGCAUAACAGCCGUCCAAGCCGUCGAAUCCCCAUAUCUAUCGCCAUACCACGACCCAAACGACGAACCGGUUGCAACAGAAUCAUUCGACUGGUCAUUUCUCGAAGCAAACCUCCCAGCAGAUAUUUGGAAGACUAUUAUGUGA